AAGGGUGAGACAGAGCAUCUGCGAGAGCAAGAGACAGAGCAGGGAAGGCAGAGGCAGCCAGAGCUACAGGCAGCCAGAGACUGAGAGGGGAGGACGGCCAGACAGAGCGUGGGAGGGGAAGGCUCAGGACAGACGGAGCAGCGAGGGCAGACAGAGCACAGGCUGAGAAGGCCAGGGGGAGCAGGAAGACCCGUGCGGUGCCCAGGCAGGGCGGUGCAUGGCCCGGGAUGGUGCCAGAGGGGAGCGCCGGCCCCUGUUGGGGCAAGAAGAGGCCCCGGCUGGGGGUUUAUGGGACGCCUUCGAGGGCCGGAAGGUGGCCUGCACGGCCGUGCUGCUGGUGGAGAUCCUGGAGCGGGCAGCUUUCUUCGGCAUCGUCUCCAAUCUUGUCCUUUACCUCAACAGCAGCAACUUCAAUUGGGGGGGGUCACAGGCCUCGCGGGCCUCCCUGCUCUUCCUGGGAGCCUCCUACCUGCUCUCGCCCGUCGGGGGCUGGCUGGCUGAUGUCUACCUGGGCCGCUACUGGACCAUCACGCUAAGCUUCCUGCUCUACCUGCUGUCUGCCUGCCUGCUGCCUGCCACGGCCUCAGCGGAUGGGCGACUCUUUCUGUGCGGGGACAUGCCGGCCUACUCGCUGCAGAAUACCUGUCGGAACCAGAGUGGGGAGUGCCAGCCGUCGGCACCCGGCCAUUACUGCGCCCCUCUGAUGUACACUGGCCUGCUGCUGCUGGCACUGGGCAUCAGCUCCGUCAAGGCCAACCUCACCCCCUUUGGCGCCGACCAGGUGACGGACCGUGGCCGCAAUGCCACACGGCGCUUCUUCAACUGGUUCUACUGGAGCAUUAACAUCGGGGCGGUGAUCUCGCUGCUCGUGGUGGCCUUCAUCCAGCAGAACGUCAACUUCCUCAUCGGCUACACCAUCCCCGCGGCCUGCGUGGCCCUGGCCCUCCUCGUCUUCCUCCUGGCCGCCCCCACCUUCAUCACCAAGCCCCCUGCGGGCAGCCAGAUCUCUGCCAUGCUCAGCCUGGCUUUCCGGGGCAGCUGUGGCAGUCAAGUGUGCCGUAUCAGGCCGGGCUCUCUCCAAUCAGAAGCGCAGGGCGCGGAUCCUCUCCCUGACAGCAAAUCGCAGCCCCGGGCUCCUUCGUCCGAGGAGGAUCUUGCCAACUUCCAGGUGAUGGCCAAGAUCCUGCCGGUGCUACUGACCUUCAUUCCGUACUGGAUGGUCUACUUCCAGAUGCAGUCGACUUACUAUCUGCAAGGCCUGCACCUCUUCAUCCCCAACAUCUUCCAGCACAACAGCACAGGCAGUGGCGUGGGCAGCAGCUACACGUUCCCUGAUGCCUGGCUCCUGUUAGCCAAUGUGGUGGUCCUGCUGAUUUUGGUCCCGCUGAAGGAUCGAGUCAUUGACCCGUUCCUGGUGAGGCGGAAGCUGCUGCCCUCGGUGCUGAAGAGGAUGGCCCUGGGCAUGUUCUUUGGCCUUGCCUCUAUCAUUGUGGCAGGCACCCUGGAGACCAAGAGGCUGCAAUAUGUGAAGAACAACCAGACCAUCUCACAGCGCAUUGGAGAGGACACAUACACUGCCGCCACGCUGCCCAUCUGGUGGCAGAUUCCCCAGUACCUGCUCAUUGGAAUCAGCGAAAUCUUUGCCAGCAUUCCAGGACUGGAAUUUGCCUACUCUGAGGCCCCCAAGUCCAUGCAGGGAGCCAUCAUGGGGCUCUUUUUCUUCAUUUCCGGCGUGGGCUCGCUCCUGGGCUCUGGGCUGCUGACUCUCCUCUCAGUGUUGGAGCAUGGCUGGAUGGACUGCCCCAAGGACUAUGGGAACAUUAACAAUUGCCACAUGGACUAUUACUUCUUCCUCCUGGCUGGGAUCCAGACUGUGACCUGCGUGCUCUUCUUCUGGAUCUCUGGCCGCUACGAGAGGCAACUGCGGCCCAACUGCCACGCCUGCAUUGGCCACGAAGGGGACUGAGGGUACCCUGCCCCCCUCCAGCUGCCCCUUUCUGCUCAGAGACUUGCCCGGCUUGGGCUGGUGGAUGGAACUGCAGGGCAGCUGGGCCAGCAAACCUCCCCGGGGAAGGGGCAGGAGGGAUGCCCCUAGUGGGACACCAGGGACUCUCACCCAUAAGGCACCCACAGGAGGCAGGGACAGCCCCAAUGGGGAGGGGGGAUGCCCUAAAGGGCAGAGCCCCCUCAUGGCUCACUUGGGGGCUUGCUCUUUCUCCUUGUCGGAGACCCUUGGGAAACGUUGUCCUGCCUCCUUCGCUACCCCCAGGCUCUAAGAUCCACCCACCAGUAACCAGAAUUUCUAAGGAUUCGCUCUCUUGCCUGGGUUUUGCCAUUCAGCGGGGUCCUGACAUGGCCGAUCUCCUGGGACGGGCACCAGUAAGGGGUUAAAUGAACAGGCAGAAGGAACUGGAAAUGAGGGGUUGGGGGAUGAUUCCCAGAGCCCAGGAGAGGGUGGAAGAUUUGCCCCAUCCUACACAAGGGAAAAAUCUCCUUCUCAGCCCGUACUAAUAUCAGGGCUCAACUGGGCAAAGGCUGGAUACAAUCUCAUAGAGUGGCAAACCUGCUGGCACCAACAGUGGAUAGGACCUCAGAACUGCCAUGAUCCAUGUUACUCUGUGUAAUGCUAAAUGGGCUGUGAUGGGGAGAGGGCAGCAGUGGUGGGUUGUGCCUGGCUGUUCUCUGGGGGUUGGUCCAAAUGGAGGUGUUUGUAAAGAUGGAAUUUUAGAGCGUGGGGGCUUUAAUUUAUUGCGGGGGGAGGGAGAGUUAGAUAAAGGUGCUCCGAGCCACCAGCACCUGGCGGAAAAGACAGAGGGGUGAAUGCAAUGGCCCUCAAGUGCGCAGCCAGCGUCUAUUUACGAUUUUAUGACGAGUGAAAAUAAUGCAGGGAAAAGCACAACAUAACUCAAAGCAAAAAAGUGUUCCUGUAAAAAAACAACACUCCACUGGAAAGAGAUUUCUGUAAAUGAACAAGACUUGCCCCUGGAGCCUUUGCAACCCAAAACACUGCGGGAGAUUCUGAAACAGAAUGGACUGUUAUCAAGGAUGGGGAUUCCAGUUCAUGGCAAUGGUCCAUUUCCGAACAGUCUAUAAGGGGUUGAUACGUGAUGGCUGGCUGUUCUAAGCAGCUUAAAAAUUUGACCAGUAUGUGUCAGAGCUGCUCAUUAGCACAUUAGCAGAAGGUACUAGAGCUGGUUAAGUGGCUAGUAAGAUUAUUAUGAGUAUUGCCGUGUGCCAUUGCACAUGCAGAACAAGGUGCUGGUCCCUCCUCACCUCACCUAAGUCAAAGACAACAGACAGCUGGAGGAGCAGCAGGAAACAAUGAGGCAAUAUUGCUCAGUAGUCUCAGUGCACUAGUUGCCAAGUUUGUGGUAGGCAUCCCGGCAGAGCAGAGUUUGAAAGGAGGAUAAUGCAGAUAGUUAUGAUGAGUAGUAGCCUGGGAGAGAGCACAAAGGUGCUUGUUUGAAAAUUGACCAAGUGGGUGAUUGCUGCUGGCACUGGCAGAGCGGCACGGGACAGAUUGGACUAAAGAUCUAUAACAAAUUACUAGGGCUGUCAAUUAAUUGCAGUUAACUCAAGCAAUUAACUCAAAACAAUUAAUUAAAAAAUGUGAUUCAUCACAAUUUUAAUCACACUGUUAAUUGAAUACCCGUUGAAAUUAUAAAUAUUUUUGCAUAUUCUUCUACAUUUUCAAAUCUAUUGAUUUCAAUUACAACACAGAAUACAAAGUGUACAGUGCUCUCUUUAGAUUAUUUUUGAUUAUCUUUUUUACAGUGCAAAUAUUUUUAAACAAUAAGUAAUAUUUUUCAAUUCACCUCAUAUAAGUACUGUCGUGCAAUCUCUUCAUGGUGAAAGUGCAAUUUUCAAAUAUAGAUUUUUUGUUACAUAACUGCACUCAAAACAGUGUAAAACUUUAGAGCCUACAAGUCCACUCAGUCCUACUUCUUGUUCAGCCAAUUGCUAAGACAAACAAGUUUGUUUACAUUUAUGGGCAAUAAUGCUGCCCACUUCUUAUUUACAAUUAAAAUGAGAACAGAUGUUCGCAUGGCAUUUUUGUAGCCAGCAUUGCAAGGUAUUUACGUGCCUGAUGUGCAAAACCAGUAGUUGGCAACCUAUGGCACAUGUGCCAAAGGCGGCAUGCACGCUGAUUUUCAGUGGCACUCACACUUCUCGGGUCCUAGCUACCGGUCCAGAGGGCUCUGCAUUUUAAUUCAAUUUUAAAUGAAACUUCUUAAACAUUUUAAAAACCUUAUUUACUUUACAUACAAUAAUAGUUUAGUUAUAUAUUAUAGACUUAUAGAAAGAGACCUUCUAAAAAUGUUAAAAUGUAUUCCUGGCACACGAAACCUUAAAUUAGAGUGAAUAAAUGAAGACUCAGCACACCACUUCUGAAAGGUUGCCGACCCCUGUGCUAAACAUUUGUAUGCCCCUUCGUGCUUUAGCCAUCAUUCCAGAGGACAUGCUUCCAAGACUGAUUGGAUUUGUAGGCUCUAAAGUUUUACAUUUUUUUAUUUUUGAGUGCAGUUAUGUAAAAAAAAAUAAAUAACUCUACAUUUGUAAGUUGCACUUUCAAAGAGAUGGCACUACAGUACUUAUAUGAGGUGAACUGAAAUACAAUUUCUUUUAUCUUUUUUACUAUGUGGAUAUAUGUAACCAAAAAUAAUAAUCUAAAGUGAGCAUUGUAUACUUUGUAUUCUGUGUCUGGUGGCACCUUAAAGACUAAGAUUUAUUUCAGCAUAAGCUUUCGUGGGUAAAAAACCCACUUCGAUGCAUGGAGUGAAAAUGCAUCACUCCAUGCAUUUGAAGAAGUGGGUUUUUUAACCACAAAAGCUUAUGCCCAAAUAAAUUUGUUAGUCUUUAAGGUGCCAUCGGACUCCUUGUUUUUGUGGAUACAGACUAACAGGGCUUCCCCCCGAUAAUUGUAUUCUGUGUUUUUAAUUGAAAUCAUUAUAUUUGAAAAUGUAGAAAACAUUCAAAAAUAUUUAAAUAAAUGCAAUUUAAAACUGUGAUUAAUCGUGAUUUUUUUAAAUCUCACAAUAAUUUUUUUUAUUCAUUUGCCAGCCCUACAAAUUAACCAUUUAUCCAAGUGUCUCAGCACUCCACCCCAUUUGUAAAUGGAAAUUUCAGAGCAAGGUUUAUAAAUUGUGGGCUGGUCUAGCAGCUCCAGCUGAGAUCAGAGCCCUUGUGUGCUAGGUGCUGUAGGUAUACCUAGUAAGACAGCCCUACUGCCAGUUGAAGGCCUUUCCUGGGGUACCGAACACCCUGUCCCUUCCACAGCAUUCCCCCCAGCCCACAGGAUCAUGGGUGCAUGUGCAUGAGGUUGAGGUGGGGGCAGAGUUAGAGGGCCAGGCUGACAGGGAUCUAGUUCUCCAUUCGGAGAUGCUGCCCUUGAGGUGCAUGUCAUCAAAGGCCUCUGCAAUGACAGGGAAUUGAUGAAGUGAAUCUAUAUACCCAGCUAAUCCUGCCCACCGACCCCACCAGGAACUGAAACUGCUAGCUUUCAAACAACUCUGCUUUCCCCCUCACUGACAAGCCUCCAGAUGCUAACAAACCUGCUGCUUUCUGAAAGAACCUAAGGUCUCAACAACCUAACCUCUCGCCAGAGUCAAGCUGAGGGGUUACAGGAAGAGGAAGGCGAAAAACUCUCAAGUUCUCUGGCAAGCUGAGUGGGGAGCAAAUUCCUGUCUGUGAAGAGAAGUUUUCUGCUAACCAUUUUACUGAUGGGGAUCUGGGGCGACACAGAGAUUAAGUACAGAACAUUUAAGCAUAGGCUGCACAAAGUUUAGCAGGGGCAUUUGCAUGUGUGGGACUUGCCCAAGGUCAACGCCAGAGCCUGUGCUCAGAAUUAAACACAGAUCCUAGUCCUAACUCCUAGCCCAUCCUUCCUCCUUGUCUAGUUUCUCUGUCAGAGCUAAAAUGCCAAAAGACAAGCAGCAAAGGGGAACAAAAGAAUCCAUCCGAUUGUCCAGAUUCUUUCAGCGUCCUAAAACCACAGCAAGUCAAAAGGUGGCAGCCUCCCUUUAAGUCAAGCUCCUACCCCACAGCAACACUGGGCUGGGCCCACUUUGGAACCAACUAUCCAUCUCUCCCAUUUGAGAUCCCCGCAUUGCAGGUGUAAAAGCAUAGACGAUUGAGCCACUUCCUCUCGCAAGCCCAGGGAGGGAGCCAUGCUGCUACUUUUCUUGACAAUGGAAAAUCUAAUUAUAAUCGAUCUGAUGGGCUGGGCUGUUAAAAAGGCUGAAGCUGCUGGCAGUGGGAAGGGAAGGCUGGUACAGCAGGGAGAGGGGAGACCUGUGGCCUGGCCCGGGCCCUGAAGGAAACUUUCCCUUUUCGCUGCUUUUAAAAAGUCUGUUCUUACUGUGCGGCUGUAAAUCAAGUGCAUGUCUAUUCCUGCUGACCUCACACGCAAGACGUUACUCUGUUCAUGGAGACACCUCUCACCUCUUUGAGCCUCCAGCAUGGGGCUGGUGUUAAGCCACCGUCAUGCUCCCUGCAUUCUUGGGUGUGCCUGGCCCAGGGAUAGCUUAGAGCAGCCCCAGGGCUGCUCUGAUUUAUGAGCUGCUUCCUAUGGCAAGCAGGUAACAGUCACAGUGAAUGCAAUCCAGUCAUGCCCUUGAUCCACCUCGUUUGCUGGGGGCUGGUAGCUAGGCCCUUCUCCCAAUUCUUUACCAGGUGGGAAGGCCCCUCAUUGCAGGGGGUAUUCUCAAGAGGCCAUCCCACAUUCCCCUCUACAGUCCAGUGGAAGAAUGGCCUACACUGGCAGAUGGGGCUGGAGAAUGAGGCCGAGAGACUGGAGAAGUUUGAUAGCAGAGGGAGCCUGCAGCUGGUCAUCUCCUCCUUCCACCCAGGGGGUGCUCUGAGUACAAAGGCAGGGAGGGAUGGAACAGGUCCCCCCAUUCGCCCAGAGGCUGGUUAUUUGUUUUUAAAUACUUUAUUUUUGUAACAACAUAAGAAUUAAAAAUCUUCCAUAAA